AUGAAAGUAUUUUAUAUAUAAAACGUGAUGUUUUAGUAUAAACUCAACAACUUAGGAACAAUUGUAAUUUGCGUCUAUUAUUGUUUCCGAUAGCUUUAUAGUUAGUGCGAUUAUUUGUUUGGAAAAUUUUUGGAGAACUAUAAAACUCAGUACAAAUAGGUCUACUAAACCAAGAAGACUUCAAAUGUAAAGUUCGUUGCAUUUCAGACAACGAAGCUCUUAACAUUAUCAAUUUGGUCAUGAGGAGUUUGGGCAACAAUGAUACGGUAUUGUUCUGGGAUAUGUUCUAUCUCUCCGACCCUCGACGUUUUAUGUACGAAGACGUCAAACGAGUACCAUAUAUAUAUUCUCAGGCAUGGCCAUACUUUCUGGUAUUGUUGGCAUUCGAAAAUAUUUUGCGAAUUUGGCAAAAAAAAGGCUCGGUCCGGCUGAACGACAGCAUAACGUCAAUGAGUCACGCUGUCCUGCAGGAAUGUGCUAAAUUGCUCUACCGUGGUUGGGAACACUGCCUUUACUUUUGGAUAUACGAUAAUUACAGAGUGUGCUCGUUACCUUGGGACUCGAUACUGUUUUGGUAUUGCACUGCCAUAUUGGUAGACUUUUGUUAUUACUGGAUGCACAGAGCUAGUCAUGAAAUUCAUGUAUUCUGGGCACAACAUCAGGUCCACCACAGCUCGGAUGAAUUUAACGUGACUGUGGGCAUCCGACAGUCGGUAUUCCAGUCUUUAGUUGGAUUUGUUUGUUACGUGCCGUUAGCUUUAUUUAUACCACCCGUACUAUUGCUUGUCCAUCAGCAGCUUAGCUUACUUUAUCAAGUAUGGAUUCAUACAGAAGCUAUUCCCACAUUAGGUCCCCUUGAAUAUUUGCUUAACACUCCAGCUCAUCAUAAAGUGCACCAUGGGAGUACCUUACGAUGUCUGGAUAAAAACUAUGGCGGUGUAUUGAUUGUAUGGGACAGGAUCUUCGGUACGUUUCAAGAAGUUAAACCAAAAACGAAGAUAACCUAUGGUCUUGUGUACCCAAUGAAUAGAUAUAAUCCUGUGUAUUUACAAGUAAAAAAUUGUUUUUACAAUUAUAAUGUGUAUAAGAAGUGGAAUAUGAUGAAUGAUUGGAACAAUAGAUUGUGGUCUGUAAUUAAAGGACCAAGUUGGAUGCCAGGGUUAUCGUGGACUGGUAAAGAUGGAAAAAAUCGUGUUUGUGCUAAAGGAAAGAGAAAAAAAUUCGAUGUAAAAAUCUCGUGGCUGCUCAAAGUUUAUAUAUUAAUUCACUUUGUUGCUUCGACCAAUGGUUACUUUGCAUUAGCUAAAAUAUCGCCAAUAGAAAUCGAUACUCCAAGUAUGAUGAUCACUAUAUUUUAUAUUACAUGGUCAUUUAUGAGUAUAGGCAUGUUAUUUGAAAAGUCUCAUUGGUCAACAUUUUUUGAGUUAUCUAGAUGUUUAACUCUUUUUAUUCAUCUUACUUAUUUUGAAAAAUCUUGUUUGGAAAUAUUAGACGAGUCGACUAUGGAUGGAUAUCGAAUAUUAUUUGGACCAUCUACCCUUAUUUGGUUUAUAGCUAUAUUAGUAGGCUAA